UGUGCUGCGCGCCCUAACUCUUCAACAACAACAACAACAGCAUUUGAUGAUGAUGCGUGCUGGAGAUCCGUAGUUGAUUUUCUGCACCUGGGGAAUAAGAAGACAGUUGUCAGUGAAAAUGCGUGCAGUCCUGCACGCAGGUUUGAUAGCUUGGUUAUUAUAUUCAUAAGAGACACUUUUGAUAUUGAUAUUGAACCCCUGCUGAAGCCUGGACCUCGCUGAGCUGGGGGAUGGCUGAGCGGGGCCCGAGCCGGCCACCGCAGCGACCCAGCACACUGCAGCUGACGCGUCCGCGGCCUCUCAGCGUCCACUCGCCGAUCGCAGACUUUGCCGACAGUCUGGCCGAGCAGCUGGUGAGCUCUGCUGCCGCCGAGCUGAGACACCAGACCCCGCCGCCGCCUCCGCCGCCCUGUCGGCCCGGCCACGGACGGUCGCUGAGCCUGCACUCGGCAGGUAGUGGAACGAGCUCAGGAGGAGCGCAGAGCGCGCGGUGUCUCAUCAGCAAACUGGGAGACGCCGAUCUGGACACGGAGCCGGCUCUGUUCAGUCUGCGCCACUCCGCACCCGACGAACCGCUCCACAUGACCCUAGAGGAGGUGCGUCGGUCAGUGUGUGAGCUGCCGGCGGCAACAGGGGCGGCGGCCCGGCCGGAGACAGACUCCCCGCCGCCCCCGCCCCCGCCCGUGUCGCCGCCGCCACCGCCGGCCGGCGGGGUGAGCCGGCGGCCGUCACUGCCACUACUGGGGACGGGCAGAGGGCUGCGCUGCGCGCCUCUCUCUCCGCGCCGUGUGCUGCAGAGUCUGGCCCGCGUCCGUCAGGACCUGCGGCAGCUUCUGACACCUCGCCGCGACCGCCGCCCAGCCGCCGCGACUGCCGCUACUGAGCGUCCGCCGGCCCCGUCCGAGACGCCGCCGCCGCCGCUGCCGGAGCGCCCGCCGCCGGCCGAGGCUGAGGAAGAGCAUGACGACCAUGAUGACGAGAACUACCUGGACGGCAGCGGCAUCGAGGACCUGGAGAUGCUGGGGAUUACCGAGGGCUGGGGACCGUCACCGGCGCGCCGCGCCUCCGCCGGCCCGGCCGACUUCGCCACCAUCAUCGAAAAAGUCAAAGACUGCGGCUGGUACUGGGGUCCAAUCAGCUGCUCCUCUGCCGAGGCCAUCCUGAAGAACGAGCCGGACGGGUCGUUCAUCGUCCGCGACAGCAGCGACGACCGCUACAUCUUCUCACUGACGUUCAAACUGCGCGGCCUCAUCCGACACGCGCGCAUCGAACACAACAACGGAAACUUCAGUUUCGGCGGUAUGCACAAGUUCCGCAGUAACACCAUUGUGGAUUUCAUCGAGAACGCCGUGGAGUACUCCCGCAGCGGACGGUACCUGUUUUUCCUGCACCGCCGGCCGGCGCACGGACCGAUGAGGGUACAGCUGCUCCACCCCGUGUCCCGCUUCAAACACAUCCAGAGUCUGAAACACCUGUGCAGGUUUGUGAUUCUGAAGCAGAUCCCGCGCGACCACAUCGACCAGCUGCCGCUGCCGGAGCCGCUGAAACACUACCUCAGCUCGCCGUGCUACUUCUCCGAGCAGCUGGAGGAGACGACGUGAGAGACACCUGGCGGCGCCGGCAGCGGCUGCAGUUCGCCCCCACACCAAUAGGCGGCGUCUCGGUCGGGGCAAAGGUGAAUACCCGCGUACUGUUGCGCGUCUGUGAGGCAUUUCUGGUCACAUGGAGCGUGGAGGCUAGUUGCGUUGAGUUUGGGGUAGUCCAGCACCCGUUCUGUAUCCCUGGAGGGUUGAAUGAAGGCACCAGACCCUGCCUCUCGAUAGGAUGUUCUAAGUAGGACUGAGGGCGAACCGCAUGGGGCGAAUGGCGCCACCCCGGCUCACUCGCUUAGGGUACAAGCUGGCAGACUGCUUUAACCCGAUAGCCGGCGCUCGGCGUCGCUUCCCUGCGAGUCUCGCCAGGCUCAGCCGUCGCUGGAGCUUAUCGUUUGAUAGUUAUUUUUGUCACAGCGCGGUAGAUGUCUUUUGUUGAUGCUGUAUUACACGGUGUGUUUGCGUGACACGUCCCGCGGCACUGUCUCGCUUUAUUUAUUUAUUAUAUGUUGUUGACUGAUAGAGCGCUGGUAGAGGCUGCCGAAUGUGUUAUGCAGAGUUCUGCUUAUGCUGAGCUGGGGCAGAGCUCUGCACCAGAAGACUAGUCGUUUGUCCCAAAUCUGUUCUAUGUUUGCACUCUGUUUGGUGGGGAGAUCUGGGGCGUCUGUCCCUGGUCCAGUGUAUUAAUUGUGGGGGUUAAUAUUGCGAGCACUUGCGUAUGGCCGUCACCUGCGCCGGUCGCCUAGCCACUAACUCUUGCACUGAGGUCCUGCCGUGGCUUUGACACUGCCUGUGAACGCCGAGAUACGGGAGCGAUCACUCGGACUUGUGUUUUAAAAUCUGACGGCUGUUGCUUACUAAUUUCACCGACAAACCGACCGACACCGCCCACCGUCAUGUGGGCUGAGUUGCUUUCGUCUAUCUUUCGACAACCCGUCUGAAUCUCUUUCCUUCCUUUCUUUGAACGUGACUACGUGUCUCCUGUUUUACCUCCCGACUGUGUGUGCGAUUCUCAGUGACUGUGUGUCGCGUUGUUUUGGCGUCUAACUCCGUGCACUCCAAUCCGCUGUGCGUUUUGUGAUUGUAUCCACCGACGGACGCUCGUUAACGUCGCCCGCGUCCGGCACAGGUCCGCAUUUAGUAGCAGUUGAUGUAUGUACUUACCCCGCGCGCGCGACUCCGAGAGAGUGCGAGCUCGGUUUCUGUGAUAUCUAGGCAGCGGAUGAGAGCGAUGCUAUCCCCAGAGAGAUGCUAUAUAGAUGCGCGCGCCCCGGCGGGCGGUAGCCCGUGGCCGGAGCCCGCGGGGGCCCGGUUAGAGAUGUCCAGUCGCGUUCAGUGUCAGCGUGCCGCUUGUUAAAUUAUUCCGCGCCUGUGUGCGACGUAGCCGUGAGGGCGACAGUAUUCUGAGUGAGCUUGAGAGCUGUGACUGAGAGCGGCACAGUAGUCCAGAGCGAGCGGUGUCAUAGAGCUGCGGGGAGAGGGGAUAGAGGGAGGGAGACAGAGGGAGGAGCGAGCCGGGGGGAUAGUGCAGCUGGCAAAAAUUGGCGAGUAUAUAUCUAUGUCACCGCUGCCGAGCGUUAUUUGAAUGUUAUAACUAAUAAAUGAGAAAUUAUCCGUC